CAACCGUUGAACUUCAACGACCUCGUCCAGCUGCGUAAAAGUUAAUUUUGCUGAUUUAUUUUUUUUACUAUUUUAAAUCCAGUCUUUUUACGGACUGUGGGUUUAGAAACAUAAAAAAACAUAGAGUAAUAAUGGGUCAGCCCUCAUUUCCAGUAGGACAUCGCCAAGCACCACUCAAAGGGCAACCCGUCCAAGUUAUGGCGAAUACGAUAAGGCUCUUGUCACCAGGAGGGGUUAACAGGUUUAACUAUCCAAUUUAUCGACAAAAUAGCAUGCUCCAGGGCGAUAAUAAUGAGAGCGAUCGUUACAAGCCGAGUUAUCGCUACCGUGGACCAUUCAACCAGAGAUAUGCACGACGAUCCGUGGACAACACUUUUCGGCCACAAUUCCCUCGAGCUUUGUAUCAACAGCGAUAUAAUAGACCUUCGUCCUACUCAUCUGAGCAUCCUCAAGGUGUCUUUGUGCAUCCACGCAACCCUGAUCAGUACAAAUUUUCUACAUUCAGACAGAGGUAUCAGUAUCCAAUGCUGAGAUACGGCGAUGCAUGCUUUCAACAUAAUCAAUGUUCGACUCUGACGACUAGAAGUUAUGGAGAUGAAUUGAACUAUUUCCAAUCAGAUGAAGAGUAUGUUCCAGAGAUUAAAGUUAAACGUAUUCGGAUAGCGUCAAUCGAAACGGUUGAUGAUGACGAUUACAGUAACAGCUCCUCAUCUGCAUCUGUGGCUGAUGAAGAAACCUCUGAUGAUGCAGAGACAGGAAUAUCAUCCGAAGAUGUACUUCUACCUUUGGUGCCUUUGCCUUCUACAAGUUCUAUUGCAGAUCAAGAAUUGACUGGAACGGCGCACAUAACUGUUGUUUCGAAGUAUGUCCUGGUUGGAAAACAAAAGACGGAGCUGAGAGCAGCAUUUGGAGUCUGGCUUGGGGAAGGAAACCCACUAAAUUUUGGGGGUAUUAUGCCUUUGGAUCGAUUACAGUGUCGGAAAGCGGCACUUAUAUACAGUGGAGCAGCCUGUGUCAUCUUGCUCAAGGAGAAAGGUUUCAAUCACGUCAAGAUCUGCAUGGAGUCGGAUUAUUUGGUGAAAAACGUUACUGCAUGGCUUUAUAAAUCAGGUUUAAAUAAUCCUGGUGCUUCAAACUGGGACGAGUUCAAGUUUUCAGAGGAAAUUGGACUAUUGUGUGGCUCGUUUUCAGGAAUGAAGAUUAAUUGGGUACAUGUCACCGAGAAAUGUGAAAGUAUUGAUAAGGCAGCGCAACUUGCUGCGGCAGCGCUUCCGAAAGACUAUCAAGAAGUCAACUAGUUUGAAGUUCAUGAAGUUUUACAAUACCUGAGCAUCAUUUUCUGCUGUUUUAUUCAAAAACAAAAUUUUACAUUGCAAUAAGUUUGUAUCUUACUUGUCUAGCCUACAUAGUUUUAACUUUUCAAUCAAAAUACAUAACAUAAUAAAAUUGGGUUGUGAUACCGAAAUUAAAAUUA